CUUUGGCGUUGGCCUUACGAAGAAAAAACAAGACCGGAUGAGCCAUCUACCGGAAUGACACAAUGAAAACAUUCCGCCCUUAUUUGUCAUGGAUACCCUUCACCUUCCUUCUAUUAUUAGCUCAAUUUGCAUCGGCUCAAGACAAUCGAUGUUUCCUGAUUGGUGGAGGAUCGGCCGAGACCUUUUUCGUCAGUGAAAAUGCCACAGUCGGUUCCGUUAUCGGUGUUUUACGGAUUGCGGGCGAUCCGAGUGCCGAUGGCGAUAUCACCAUGCGCCUAGAGGCCAGCAAUGAAACAGUCGUCUCCAUUGACACGCACAGCAAGAAUCUCACGCUUAUUAAAGCUCUGGACAAAGAGGGUCUGACCGGCCCUGCCCAGGUGAUGACACGAAUUACUUGCGAGCGUCGUGGUCCCAACGCCGAACUAAGUUUAACGAUUCCAGUCAACAUUCGUGUGACGGACGCCAACGAUAAUUCGCCCAUUUUCCGCAAUUCGACCUAUUUCAUCAACAUUUCAGAGUCAACGAUAGUCGGUUCAGUCGUUUUGCAAGGCAUUCAAGCGCUGGAUGCAGAUCAGCCUGGGCCUUAUUCAACUGUACAGUACUCUAUUCUAGCUGGGCCUUAUUCGGACGUACUUGGAUUCGCUAGCAGCUUGGAGGGUACCCUAGUAUUAAAGAAAGCUGUCGAUUAUGAAACACUGAAACAUUUCAAAAUCGCAAUCAGAGCGCAGGAUCAGGGACAACCUCCUCUAUACACGGACGCUGUGGUUAGCAUCGACAUAAACGACGCCGACGACCAGAACCCACUGUUUGGCCAGUCACGAUACUGGGCUCAUUUACCCCAGCCCGCUCAAAAAGGAAUCGGUCUAGAAAUCCGACCGGAACCGAUGCGCGCCGUCGAUCAGGAUGCCGGAAUCAACGCGUCUAUUCGUUAUGCCUGGAACGCCGGAGGAGCAGAGUACCAAGAUUUCUUUCUUGACCCAUUAAACGGUUCCGUCUAUCUGAAUCGGAGUUUAGAAGAUAACGAGCUAGUCCAGCCUGUCAUUCUCGUCGUCAAGGCUCACCAAGUUGAUAACCUCGACCGUUACGCAUUAACCACUUUAACCGUUAGCCGGAGUUGGUCGUUUUCACCUCAAUUGCAAUACCUCCAACGACGCUACUCGGUUCAAGUACUGGAGAAUGUCCCGGUCGAAACCAUCAUUUUGGCCAUGGCCAUCAACAAACCCAUCGAUCAGACCAUUCGCUUCGUAAUGGAAAGUCACAAUGGAACGGAUCAAGCCUUCAGUGUCGAUAAGAUGGGCGAAAUCAAGUUGGAACGCGCGUUGGAUUACGAAGCACAGAUGACUCACCACUUCGUUGUAUGGGUCACGGAUGGACUAACGGUAUUGUUCACUACAUCGCACCGUAUCAUUCGAUUAGUUACCGUGAAAUGUUUGCAGAAUGAUACGGCGACGGUUGAGGUUACCGUCCUGGAUGUCAACGACUGCGAUCCGCGUUUCGAUUUGGCCGAAUACGAAUUCAUUGUCAAAGAGUCGGCCUUGCCCGUCGGCUCCAUCAUCGGACACAUCCGCGCAGAUGACGGCGAUGCAGCCGACCGUGUUACUAUACAAUUAAAAGGACCAGAAUCCAGGGCGUUUAAUGUGCAUGAGAACGGAGACGUCAUUUUCAGCGAUCCGUCAGCUCUCAAUUCGACAGUUAUUCAUCUGAUGGCGGUGGCACGCGAUUCCGGCAUUCCUCCUCGACAGACGUCUGUUCCUGUCAAGAUCAACUUACCAGUCGAUUUCCUGAUGAUGAACGGAAGCGGCAUUACUUUAUCCACCGCCGACGGCAGUGGGCUAUUGUUAAUCAUCUUGGGAAUAUUGCUGGGCAUUUUAUCUCUCAUCAUCUCUGGUCUGGCCGUCUACCUCUGUCAAUACAAACGGAAAAAGACCCAACCCAGUCCUUUAACGGUUGUCCAGCCGCAACCUAAAGUCAGUGUCGGUGGACUUUACAGCGGCGACACUUCAACGCCCAUCACGGCGACCCUACGCCGCAUUCCCAUCAAUCCCCUUGCCAGGCCGUCUUGCCGCCGCGUGGUGCCCAUUCAGAGUCCGACUCUGAGCACCGUCCACAAUUCACCACCUCCUCCACCAAUGCCACCACCUACUCCCCCACCCAGGCAGCAGCAGCAGCAACAGGCGGCUAGCAAUCACCACCACAAUAACAAGAUCUCUUCCAGCGGCAGCGGCAGCAACAACAACGAACAGUCCCCGCCACCAGCGCCCUGUCCGCACCAUCCGCGAACUUUCUUGAGCAGCAGUCAACCGGGCGCCUGGCCGACUGACGCCUCAUUACCCAGAAGGAUCAAGAAACUCAGUUGGGAAGACGAGUUCAACGUCUUCUUCUAAAGAGAGAGAAAAAAAACAAACAAAACAAUCUGUGAGGGGAAGAGAUAAAAACAGAUUACAUGAAAAAAGUCAACGAAUUUUUAACCACAUAUGAAAUUGAAUCACAUAUUUUUCCUUUUGCCGUGUACAGUGAUGUAUAACCAAAUUGUGGAUUUCCGCAUGUUUUGUCUCUAUUAAACAAUCCGAUAUUUCAACA